AUGUCUUACCAACAGCAGCAGUGCAAGCAGCCUUGCCAGCCUCCUCCUGUGUGCCCACCUCCAAAGUGCCCUGAGCCAUGUCCUCCUCCAAAGUGCCCAGAGCCUUGUCCUCCUCCAAAGUGCCCUGAGCCAUGUCCUCCUCCAAAGUGCCCAGAGCCUUGUCCUCCUCCAAAGUGCACAGAGCCUUGUCCUCCUCCCUCAUACCAACAGAAAUGCCCUCCUGUGCAACCGCCUCCAACCUGCCAGCAGAAAUGUCCACCAAAGAGCAAGUAA